UAUUUCUAGGUAGAACCAGUUAUUUGAGUUAGAUCAGAUUUGGGGAUUUCAACUUCGGAGCUUCUGAGCAGUAUUUUGAUAUUUUGACGGUUUACAUACAAAUACACUUUCGACACUUACGCCCUCGUCGACUCGCAUCGGAAACCUCCCUCUAUCCAUUUUCUAGCGGCCAAUUCGCCAAUACCGUCAAAAUGGUUGCCAUGUACACUAUUUUCGGCCGCCAGGUCGGCUCCCAUCACCUCGCAAUGGGUGUUCUCGCUACCCUAUUCACCGGCAGCUACAUCGGAUUCGGCGGUGGAAGCAAGAAGGCUACUCAGGCCCCUCCCAUCAACGCAUCAAGCCCUGACGAGGCCGAUUUCAUCCAGAACUUCUUAAAACAAGCCGAUGCGAGCGAGAAGGCGGCAAAGCAUUAGAUUUGAUAUGAUAAUCCAACCGAUCCGGGUCUUAGUCAAUUGUACAUAAUAGAUGCGGAUACAAUGAGAAGCAGGCAACCUGAAAAGGAACUUUGAAAUCACUCGAGGUUCUCUUAUUCUAUAUAAAGUCUUCAUGUGAUAUUAUCAAAAUACUUAGGGCCUGUGAGCGAAAUGCGCAAAGUUCAGUAUCAUUGAAUCAUUAAUCAAAACGUCCCUUUCCUGAUCUAGAGUUAAACGUAAAGUACGUCUCUGAAACUUUCAG